AUGGAUAAUAAUAGUAGAGGAUUCUUUACAAAAUUGAAAAUACGCAAGAAGCCUCAGCCUAUUUCUGAUCUCACUGAGUUAUAUGGUACAGUUGCAAAGGAAUCUAUAUAUUACAUUAAAUUAGAAGAUCAGGAACAGUAUGAACAGGCCCUUCAAGGUUGGAAAGGACUAACGACGGAUACAAUGUACCGAUUAACACAAAUUGAAAAACUGUAUCCGGAUAUUUUAAGCUAUUCUAAGGAUGAGCUAAGUUUAAAGAAUGGAGUACGUGAGCUGUAUCAUAAAGCAUGCAAUAACUUAGAAAGGGUUCAAGCAUUAUACGAUCAAAAUCCAUCAAUGAAUUAUUCCGUGGACAUGGGGAGCUUUGAUGAUAGUACUAUUACUCCCAAAAAAAAUCACUCUAUAGAUACUCUGCACACUAUUCCAAUUAUUUCUGGCCCAUCUAACUUCCAGGUAAUUUCAUCCUUUGAAGGAUCACCACAAAGUAAUCAAAAUAGUCCAUUAGGUAGAACUAUUCAAUUAAUUCAAUCAAAAGAUAUAAAAGAUCAUAGUCCCAGUAAAAAAAUGAAUACAAGUUUAAGAACAACCCAACAACUCCAGCAGACAUCCAAUAUGUAUAGUUUACGAAGCAUACAUAGUAAUGGGGGGUCUUCGGGUACUACUAGUAGCGAACUUCUAAACACGGGAAACUCUGCAUAUCCAGGUACUGUUGCUAAAUCAAAAAAGAGGAAUUAUAGUACCCCAUCUUCUGUUAAUACAAGUAAGCAUAGCAUACCUGAUACAAAACUUCAGCAUUCACAAGACAUGGAAAAUCUUGAUAAUUUUACUGAUUUCUCUCAACUAUCACUAGAUGAAGAAUCUGACAUUGUUGAAUAUAAUAAAUAUGACUUAUAUACAGAAGGAAAUGACCGUACUUAUAGUAAUUCCAAUAGUAUGCAUACAACAUCAAGACAAAGGAGUAAUAAACAGAAUGCUGAUAAAUUGCCGAAAGUUAGAUCUAAGUUAUCGAUUCCAAAACUUUCACAAACCUUAUCAGAACCAAAUUCUACAACAUUAACAAAGACUGAAAAAGAUCGAAAAGCAGCACUGUCGUCCAAUUCUAAAGACUCCAUUUCGUCAGGGAAAAGUGCAUUUUCUGCAGGAGCAUCGUCGAAUCCUUUAAGAAAAGAAAACAUGAAAAAAAACAAAUCUCUAAGUUCUCUAACUAAUAAUUCUAACACAUUAAAGCAUCCACAUCAAUCAAAUACCAAGCCACAAUCCAGCUCAUUCUUAGAAAAAAUGAACUAUAAACAACAUUCUGGAACAUCUGUAACUGCUGCAAAGGCUGUAUUUAAUCCUAAGGGUCAGAACUCACUUCCUUCUUCAUCAUAUGCAUUACAAGUAAGGCAGUUAAAACAAAAAUAUCACACAGGCUUUCCAUCUGAUAUAAAUAAGAAAAAUGAAGAAUUAGAAAAACCAAGAAGAAGAAGGAAAGCAGGCAACACUCAGAUAGCAAAUAAAGUUUCUGGGAAGUCUACAAAAAAAGCUAAUGUAUCAACACAAGGGAAAAAAAUUAAUGAGAGUAAAUCAUCGAUACAGACAAGCACUCAUUUGCCAAAUUCUAAGCAUGAUAACUCUACUAUUGAAAAUAAAUAUAAUAUGACUAAGGAAGAAUUGGAGGACAAUAUCAUUGAUUCAAUUCCGGGAAUUGAUAAAGUAGCUGCCAAACAAAUCUUUAGUGAAAUUGUUGUUCAUGGAGAUGAAGUUUACUGGGAUGACAUUGCUGGAUUAGAGAAUGCCAAAAAUUCUUUGAAAGAGGCUGUCGUAUACCCAUUUUUAAGGCCUGAUCUUUUUCGUGGUUUAAGAGAACCUGUUAGAGGAAUGCUUCUGUUUGGACCACCUGGUACAGGAAAAACGAUGCUUGCCAGAGGUGUCGCUACUGAGUCGAAAUCUACAUUUUUUUCUAUCAGUGCAUCAAGUUUGACAUCAAAAUAUCUAGGUGAAAGUGAAAAAUUGGUUAGAGCCUUGUUUGCUAUCGCCAAAAAGCUUUCCCCAUCCAUUGUUUUUGUUGAUGAAAUUGAUUCAAUUAUGGGAAGCAGAGAUGAAAAUGGUGAAAAUGAGUCUAGCAGACGUAUUAAAAAUGAGUUUUUGAUACAAUGGUCUUCAUUGUCAAAUGCCGCAGCAGGUAAAAGUGAAGAUGAUGAAAGGGUAUUGAUACUCGGAGCUACUAAUUUACCAUGGUCAAUCGAUGAGGCUGCAAGAAGAAGAUUUGUAAGAAGACAAUAUAUUCCACUUCCAGAGGCAGAAACACGUAAAAUACAAAUAAUGAAACUUCUAUCAUAUCAAAAGCACAAAUUAGAUAAUGAAGAUGUCGACAAACUUCUAAAACUAACAAACGGAUAUUCAGGAAGUGACAUCACUUCAUUAGCAAAGGAUGCAGCUAUGGGGCCUCUACGAGAGCUAGGAGAUCAGUUAUUGCAUACCUCUACAGAACGCAUUCGUCCAGUAGAAUUAAGAGAUUUUAAGAAUAGUUUAAAAUACAUUAAACCUUCGGUAUCACAAGAAGGGUUAAAAAGAUAUGAAGAAUGGGCCUCACAAUUUGGCUCAUCUGGAGUUUAA